GUGCAAGUGUUGUUCGUCUACCUGGUCGUUGAAUGCGACGCACUUCAUAACCACCAGUCGAACCAAGCUGGCUACCUAGAUGCAGGAUACACCGGCUACGCCGAUUCUAGCGUGGCCGCUUCUUACGGGGAAUACGAGGCUUAUGCAUCUCCGCCUCAGCCGUACAACUUUGGCUACAACAAUGCCGACCAAUACGGUAACCGGCAGUUCCACAACGAGCAGGGUGACUCCAACAACGCCAAGACCGGCUCUUACGGCUAUAGAGACGCGAACGGCCUCUUUCGACGAGUGAACUACGUGGCCGACGCGUAUGGCUUCCGAGCCACUGUGGACACCAACGAGCCGGGCACCGUACCUGGUGCAAGCGCAGACGCGGUGUUCAACGCUGCACCGGUAGUCCCACCAGUUCCAUCAAGUUCGGGACAGAGUCCGGCACCUGCACCUUACGGCUCACAGCCGGCAGCAGAAUACUUAGCAGGGGGCUAUGCUGGUUUCAGCGGAUACGGAUACAAUCUCUACGCAGGCGCUGCGAGACCCUUUGGCUUCACCCCUUACGGGCGUUACGGGGGCAAUCCCAGCGGCUCGGAUGAACUCGCCUAUGGCGGCCAAUCUCCCCAUGUCUCCACUGCCACUGGUUAUGGUGCAGGUUACAGACCUGGUGCCUACGGCCGCCAUGUUGGAUACGAAAGCUGGCUUUCCGCUAAUCACGCACUCCGUCGUCGUUAAUGCAUUCAUUCCUUAUUGGGAUCCUAGUGAUGAAUAAUGACCGGCAGUGUUGUCGUGCACCAAGUGGAUAAAGAGAGCACA